AUGUCAAAACGUCCCCGAAAUACGUUACUUAAUUAUUUUAAAUCAAACAACUCAACUGAAGAAGAAACAAAUCAAGAUGUAGAGAUAGAAAGUGAAGAUGGGGAUGAUGCAAGUAGAUUACCGCAAAUAUCUAAACAACCCUCUAACUAUAAGCGUGUUGAUUUGAGAAACCUCCCUACUGAUCCAGGCUUAAGGAACAAAAUUACUGAUUACCAUAUAAAUGAUCAGAUUAAGACAAGGAAAUAUUAUGUUUUAAAAGAACCUUUUCAACCUCGUAAACAUGAUUUUCCUCAAAGAAUCAUAGGGGGAUCGAAACGUCGUUUUAAUCCAGAUUGGUAUGAUACUUAUGGUGAUUGGCCGGAGUACAAUAUUGUGAAAGACGCAGCUUAUUGUCGAUAUUGCCAUUUGUUUAAGUCUAAUGAUUCUCAAAAAGGAGGAGGUGAUGUUUUUGUUACUGUUGGGUGGUCAUCUUGGAAUAAAAAAGAAAGAUUGGAUAUCCAUGUGGGUGAAUGUGGUAGUUCUCAUAAUCAAGCAUAA